CUUUGGGGGUUGCGGCGGGUCAGCGACAGGCGCGCAUUCGGCCAGCGCCUGUGCAGCUUUGCUUGGGAAGACUCGAACUGGCGCCGGAAAUUUUACGAAGACGUGAUUUUCAAAGCUAAUUAUGAAAACAUUUGUCGUGGGAAUCAGUGGUGUGACAAAUGGCGGGAAGACAACACUGGCUAAGAAUUUGCAGAAACACCUCCCAAACUGCAGUAUCGUAUCUCAGGAUGAUUUCUUUAAGCCAGAGUCUGAGAUAGAGACAGACGCAAAUGGAUUUCUGCAGUAUGACGUUCUUGAAGCGCUCAAUAUGGAAAAAAUGAUGUCCACCAUUUCCUGCUGGAUGGAAAGCCAAGGACAGUCCCUGGCAUCAACAGACUCUGGAAGUGCCGAGGAAAUUCCCAUAUUGAUCGUCGAAGGCUUCCUUCUCUUUAAUUAUAAGCCCCUCGACACACUAUGGAACAGAAGCUACUUUCUGACCAUUCCGUAUGAAGAAUGUAAGAGGAGGAGGAGUAUAAAGUUUCCUGUGUGUUUUGAUAGUACGAGAGUCUACGAGCCUCCAGACACCCCAGGGUAUUUUGAUGGCCACGUGUGGCCCAUGUAUCUAAAGCACAGACGAGAAAUGGAGAAGAUCACGUGGGAGAUCGUUUACCUAGAUGGAACAAAAUCUGAAGACGACCUCUUUAAAGAAGUGUAUGAAGAUCUAAUACAAGAACUAGCAAAGCAAAAGUGUUUGCACGUGACAACGUAAAGAUGGAGUGCACUGAACCCUUCGGGGGAUGAAUUAGGAAACUCGAAGGCCUCUAUUCAAGAACCUGCACGAAGAUACAAUAUGUACUUUGGUAUGAUGACAGCUGUAGUUCGUUCGUUUGUGUUACCACAUAUGAUUUCCGCCACGUGAGGAACAGUAAAUAGGGAUCCGUGCCACUGGACGGGAAUGUACCUUGAUGAGUUGUUCUCGCUCCAAGGAGUGCAGAGAUACAGCAUUAGCUCACUAACGAGUCAGUUCCUCUAGACCAAUGAUCAUCAAACUUUUCCAAAUAGGACCAAGUACGAAAUAAGGUUUACAUCACAAUCCAGUAGAGAUGUAAUCCAUUAUGUUUGUGUGUGUCUCUGUGUGUGUAGGUAUAUAUGUGUGCAAUGUGUGUAUAGAGAUACACACACAUCCAAGGAUCACAAAGGAUUUACCCAAAGCAUGCUGAUAUUUUUCUAUUUUUAAUUUUUUUAUAAUCUUCAUUACCAUCCAGUACCGAUGCCUAUUUCCUGCAAAUGAAGGCUUUACCAGGAGUAGCAGUCACAUUGAGCGCAUCAACAGUUUGCUGCAAUGUCUUUUUUGUGUGGGUUCUGUUGCUGUGGCUGCUUUUCCUGUUCCUUGCAUAUGUGUAAAACCACUGGGUCGCUGUGUCUCUUGUGUUGCUACUUUGUUACAAAUGGUAUAUUUUCUGUUUUAUUUUGGGUUUUGUCAAACCAGUGGUUUGAAGUCCCAGAAAUCAGUUACAGUUACUUAGAUGAUAAGUAGUACCUUUGAUUGAAAGGAAGAGACAGGAGAUCUGAAUUCUAUAAUGUUUUGAGGUCUCUUUAAAUACUGGAAUUUAAAUCAUGUAUUAUACUGAUCAACCUCUUGUUUUUUUAACAAACAGAUUGCUCACAAUCCUCUCAGUCUUUACAAAUAGAAAUGUAUUGUUACACUAACUUUAACUGUAACUCAUUUGAUCAGCUCUCAUUAUUUCUAUAUUUCUAACUAGCUUGUCCUCAGUGGCAAUUAGGGAAGGGGUUUUUUUGGUCACACGUACUACACAAAACAACAAAAAAGAACAAAAAAACAAACCUGGCAGUUCUUCCACCUAAUAGCUAUAUGACUUGGAUCACACUAUUCAAAGUCUUCAUUUCCUCUUUGUAAAAGGGGAAUAUCAACAGUACUUAGCAUGGGUGUAGCGUAGAAUAAGGAUCAUGUUCAAAAUCCUUCCCACGGCCCCCAGGGCAUUCCCUGAACUAGCUUCAGUGUGCCUGCCUCUCUAUUCUCAUUGCCCAUCGUUCAGUCCAUUGCUGUUCGGUGCUGAGACCUCCUGCCCUCAAACUUACCAGGGCCCUUCCUGCCUCAUGGCGGGCAGCCAGGCUGUUCCCGACACUCGGAGCAAGUGCCACAGCCUUUCCCUCCAACCAGCCUGUCCCUCCACAGAGGCAGACAUCCUGCUUCAUGGAGGACUUCUCUCAUCCUUCCCUCCACAGACGCUCUCAAAGCCGCCCUACCUGGCCGUCGCAGCACUCAUCCCAAUUGUAACUGUCCUGCCCCCUACACAGCCGCUCUUUUAGUGGCUAUCUCCCCAGCUACAUGGAAGCUCCAUGAAGGCAGGUCUGACCUCUGUGACUUAGUUACAGACACGCCCCUGCUCACCAGCACAGUGUCUGGCUCAUGGUGAACACACAAAAAAUAGCGGGUACUUUUUAUAACUUCCUAUUACAUCAGGAAUGGAUUCACAUGCAACCAAUAUCUUAUUCGAGGACUAGUAACUUACACUCAUUGGGAUUUAUUUUUAUUUAUUUAUUUAUUUAUUUAUUUAUUUAUUUUUACAAAAGAAGGAAGUUUAAGGCAGGCAGUCUAGGGUUUGCACGUCGAGUUGUCAGAUUUAGGGGGAAAAAAACAACAAAAUUAGAGGACGCACAGGUAAAUUUGAAUUUCAGGUAAACUGUAGCUCUUUAUCAAUAACUUUAGUAUAAAUAAAUCCCUGGGUGUCAUAUUUUAUAUGGGUGUCAUAUUUUAUAUGGCACCUCGCUUUUGCAGCGACUCAAAAAUGUCAGGAGAAAAAAAGCCAGGGUUUUCCACCCUGGACUUGUGGACCUAUCACCAGGAGGUCACAGGGAAGCAUUGGAAACUCCCAACAUAGUGUCAGCAACCAAGAAGGACGAUGGUGUCGGGAGGCACACACAGGUGGCCAUGUGCCUUCCAGAGUCACCCAACAGUGUCCCCUGCAGACUUCGUAUGUCCCUGGAGCCGGAACUGGCUCACGUGGCCACUUCUCACUGCAAAGGGAGGCUAGAUAGAGGGUGUCAUGUCACAUUUGAACCAAUUAUGAUUCAUUGUCUGGGAAUGCUGCCACGGGAACAAAAUCAAGCCUCUUUCAGCAAGGAAGGAGGAGGGAACAGGUGAGAAAUCGAAAGUGCCUGCCACAAUCUUUUUUUUCUUUAUCUUUUUCUUUUUAAUGUUUCUUAUUUUUGAGAAAGCAUGAGCAGGGGAGGGGCAGAGAGGGGGAGAGAGAGAGAGGGGAUCCAAAGCAGGCUCUGUGCUGACAGUAGCCAGCCCGACACGGGGCUCGAGCUCACAAACUGCAAGAUCAUGACCUGAGCCAGAGUCAGACGCCCAACCCACCGAUGGCUGUAAUUCCAAAUUCCUGUUAUCAAAACAAUAGGAAUUUUUUUCUAGAAUAAAAAUGUAGACACAAUUUUUCAAACAUCAUUUCCGAGAAUUUGUGAAAUACCCACUUCACCCCUUCCCCCAGCACAGAGGGAUGUCCCUGCUGAUUGAAAAUUAUUACACACUGAAAAUCAAUGGGGACUUUUCUCCCCAUUUCAGCUUGGGGAAGUAGGUCAGAGAGAGGCUUUAUCUUAAAGGGGAAAAGAAAAACCUUAACAGACAUUAAAAAUGGAAAUAUGCAGGGUGCCUGGGUGGCUCAGUCGGUUAAGUGUCCGACUUCGGUUCAAGUCAUGAUCUCACGGUUUGUGAGUUCGAGCCUCGUGUCAGGCUCUCUGCUUUCAGCAUGGAGCCUGCUUCAGAUCCUCUGUCCCCUCUCUCUCUACCCGUCCCCUGCCUGCUCUUGCUCUCUCUCAAAAAUAAAUAAACGUUAAAAAAAUUAAAAAUGGAAGUAUUCAAAGCACUUUGAGAGGAGAUAAAUGUCUUUUUGCUUACUACUCUCAGUGAGGAAUAAAUCAGGAAUUGGAAAUGAAGGCUACGAGUGCCUCCUUUCUGGCUACAGCUCCUCUUACCCGUGCAGUGAAUGGGACUUUGUAUCUACUGCAGGAGGCACUCGCUCUCUAUACUGGAGGGAGCGAACCUGCUGAAGUCUUCACUCUUCUGUGCGUGAGUAACCUCAGUCCUUUAGGUGAACUUAGAGGAAGGUUUCAUCGUUCUUGAUCUCAGGAGGAAAUUAAAAAGGGACCUCAAGGGGCGCCUGGGUGGCGCAGUCGGUUAAGCGUCCGACUUCAGCCAGGUCACGAUCUCGCGGUCCGUGAGUUCGAGCCCCGCGUCAGGCUCUGGGCUGAUGGCUUGGAGCCUGGAGCCUGUUUCUGAUUCUGUGUCUCCCUCUCUCUCUGCCCCUCCCCUGUUCAUGCUCUGUCUUUCUCUGUCCCAAAAAUAAAUAAAAAACGUUGAAAAAAAAUUAAAAAAAAAUAAAAAAUAAAAAAA